AUGUCAUCGCAACGGGUUAAAGUUGGGCGUGCCAACGAUGAAGUUGAAGAUCCAGAAAACAGAAAGAGUCGCGUUAUUCGGGCUAUUCAAGAAUCUAAAAGUGCAAAAUUAACUUCUAUUAAUUCUUUGCUUCAAACAGUAGUACAAUCGGCACGUGCCGUUGUGAAGGGAACAGAUUCUCAAAGACGUUUUAAUGCUCAGUUCUCGGAAUUUUGUCGUGCUGCACUUGUAGGAAUAGCUGACCUGGAAGAUGCUUUGUGCGAAUUGGAAAAAGAUGAGGGGGUUGCUAACGGUGAGGUAAAGGGUAUUAGAGUAGCCGAUUUUAUCAGGGAAUUGUCAGGAUUUGUGGCGUCCCAAACUACUGCCCUUGGUGCACAGUACUUGGAGCAUGUGGGAAUGUCUGCAGUGACUACAACGACGAGGACACAACAAAAGUCUGCAGAGAACAAAUGGGGAACAAAGCGUGAAAGAACUGAUGAUGGGCGGCAACGAACCACAGAUAGGCGCGGAACAUUGCCGAAACGAACAGGAACAUCACCUCCACUGGACCCAGUAUCAGAGUUAGAAGGGAGGACACCGCAAAAAACUACGCGUGUAAAAGCUGGGGCAAAUAAUAAUCAUAGUUCUACAAAGUUAACUAGCAUUCCAGCAUUAACAACUUGGUUGCAGCCGUGGACACUCCUUGCUCCAAGCGCUCACGGAGUUGCACUUGAUCGUGUGACGACAGAAAGACCCAAACCACAAAAUGCGGUUGAAGAACCUAUAAAAUCACCUAAUAAUGUAUCAGUUUUUGAAAUCUGUACAGCCCCAACGACUACAGAAGUGCUUAGACUCUGGGAAGCUCGGGAAUCUGCGCUUUCAUCUGGUAUGGAUCGCUCAACUAGUACAAGUUUAUUUUCUAAUGGAGUUACCCUCCCUCUUUCCCAGAAAGAAGUUCAACCCAUGUUUUUUCCAAGGGGACAAUUUAAUACAUGUGCUUCGGUAUCAACACAGUUGUUGGGAGAUUUAGUACAUUAUGGUAUUUCAGUACUUGAAGUGCCGUUUAAAGAUAUGGUGUAA